GCAACUUCUACAGCUUCAUUGCGCUUAGGCAGGCGAGCCUUGAAUACACACUGCACUGGCUUUGCGGUGUAGCAGAUGCAGGAUGCUGCGACAAGAAUGUUUCACCUGAAUUCUCAAGAGUAAAGAGAGGAAGUUAAAAGACAAACAACUCUUUACUUAAAGCUGCAGGGAACUCAGAAGGCAACCCCAUUACUGUGUCAGCUUAUGGUGCAUGGUGGGCUUUACUAGAAGGAGCAAGAGCCUCCAGUGACAGUAAAUUCUCCCUAAAGCCUCCCUAAAACAAUGGAUUCUGAAGGCAUUUGCUUUGAGGUGAAGAGGAAGACAAACCACAUCUACCCAAAAGAUGCAAGUUCCCAAAAAGACAACCUCUGUGCUUCCCCGUACAGACUCCAGCUGGUUGGCUCCUUACCAGUACACAUCCUCACCACUAUGCCCAUGCUGCCUUGGAUUGUAGCCGACAUUUGCCGCCAAAGCACUAAGGACAAAAGUGAGGCAACCAGACCCUUCUGGGUUAACCUCUACAUUUCGCAGACAGUAGUCCGUUGUGUUCUGGACACAGGCUGCCAACAGCAGUGGGACCCCUUGCACUAUAAUGUUGUCUUUGAACACUCGCCUCAGAGCAUCUACAAGCUUAUUCACAACAGCAAUGAACCCAGCUACUUUGCCUGUCUUAUCAAAGAAGAGGUGCCCAAACAACCUGAAAAGAGAAGCAUUUGCUAUGUGUUUCGCUCAGUGGAGGAGACCAAAGUUCCUGAAAUUAUAAGUACUCUCAGACAAGCUGGGAAGAUUGCAAGGCAGGAAGACGCCCAGCCUCAGAUCCAUGACCAAGAUGAUGCUUUCGCCAAGAAAUUUGAGGUUUUAUUCUGCGGCAAAGUAACAGUUCCACAAAAGAAGGCUCCACCAGCACUAAUUGAUGAAUGUAUUGAGAAGUUCAGUCGUGUAUGUGCAGAGAAUAAGGACACAGAUGGAGCAUCUGAGCAAGGACAACUUUAUGACCAAUCUUGGAGUUUAUCAGGGGAUGAAGACAUGGAUAGCUUACGCACUAGCACCUCAGCAAAUAACACUGUCAACAGUAAUUCUGCUGACUUGAACUUUUUAUCUCAGAGCUGCCAAAGGACUACAAUCUUCAGGAAAAAUGCUAGCCUGCAGUUCCUGCCUAACAUAGGUGAAAAUAAUGUAUCUACAGGGAUAUUAAGAAAAAGUAGUAGUGUACCUUGUGGAAUAUUGCCAACCAACAUCCAGGAAAACAGGACCAUGCUAUUCACGAUUGGCCAAGCUCAAAUUUAUCUUAUUAGUCCAGACACAAAAAAAGUUGCUAUUGAAAAAAGCUUUAAAGAAAUCUCAUUCUGUUCUCAGGGAAUACGACAUGUGGACCAUUUUGGCUUUAUCUGCAGAGAACCCUUAGAAAAUGGAAACUGUCAUUUUGUAUGCUAUGUAUUUCAGUGUACAAAUGAAUCACUGGUUGAUGAAAUUAUGAUGACUCUGAAGCAGACAUUCAGUGUUGCUGCUGUGCAGCAAAAUUCAAGAACGCAACCUGAACAAUGUGAGAGCUGCCCCUUACAGUGCCUGCAUAAACUCUGUGAAAGUCUAGAAGGUUUACAUCCCUCAAAAGCCAAGCUAGAGCUUCAAAGACACCUUGGAAAACUCAGCAAUAAAGAGCAGGCAACAAUCUUUGAAAAGACUUUGAAAGCAAGACCAAAAUCUGACCUAGAAGAAAAUGAGCUGAUAAUGUCAAUUUUGAGAAGUUUGUAUGAGGAGAAACAAAAGAGCCAUGUACACAGUCACAGUGGGGAUAUUAAGCAGGGUGUCUCAGAAGAUAUGUCAAAUGAACUAAAUAUGAGUGCUGGUAGACUUCGUCUUGAGCAGUUGAAGUCUAGAGCAAAAAGGUCUCUAACUGAGUCUCUGGAAGGGAUUUUAUCAAGGGGAAACAGCAAAUUGCGUGACCGUAAAGAAAGUGGUGAAAGUGUCCAAUUAGAUCAUUCUUCCUCUAGCUCUGAACUCCACAGCUUAAGCAGAAAUUCUUCAGUUUCUGAGCUACAUGUAGAGAAUGUUGAAUUUAGUCAUUUAAAGUCUCAUGGAUCAACAGGGGACCUGAAGCAGCUAGAAUGUGCAUCUCAUGGGCCUCCCUGCCAGGAAUUUCGACGCAGAGCAAGUACAUUCAGUUACAUGCCUAGCCAUAACCAGCAGCCCCUUCCAAGAGCAGAGGAAAUUACAAGUAUACCUAAACCAAAACUUAUGAGGCAUUACUCGGUCAGCACAGAAACUCCUCACAAACGCAACUUGAAUACCUCAGACAGUGAUGACCAGGUUAUCUCUUCUCCACUCUCCAAUUCUUUACCUCCUGCUCGGCAGAUGCCCUCCUCUCCAAAUAUUUUUAAAACUCUUAAAGCAAACACGGGGGGUGAACAGACAGCACGCACACUGAAGAAGAGCUUGAGCUCCUCUCACCUCAGUGGCCUCCGGGCAAGGCUUCAUUCUUCCUCUUCUGUUCCUAAUUUCCUGAAAUUUUUGGCCCCUGUAGAUGAAAACUGCACCAGUGAUUUUGACCGUAAGAAAAGUGACAUAGAGCUGCGGGCCAGAGCACAAGGAGAUAGUGAUGGGAGUCCAGUGAAGAACCGUCGACAUUCCUGGCGGCAGCAGAUCUUCCUCCGUGUUGCAACACCACAAAAGCCCUGUGAUGCCUCAAGCAGAAUUGAAGAUGCCCCAGAAAUUGUGCCAGGAUCUCCAUUGAGUCCUAUGUGUGGAGAAAACCCUUUAGGCCCGGUAAUAGAGGAAAAGAAAAAGACACCUCAGGAACUGCGGGAAUUGUGGAAGAAGACAAUUAUGCAGCAAAUACUUCUGCUUAGGAUGGAGAAAGAAAACCAGAAACUGCAGGCUUCUGAAACCAACCUACAGACUAAACGAUUGAAAUUAGAUUAUGAAGAAAUCACACCUUGCUUGAAAGAAGUAACUGUAAUAUGGGAAAAGAUGUUGAAUACACCUGGAAGAUCAAAGGUCAAGUUUGAUAUGGAGAAGAUACAUGCAGCAGUAGGGCAAGGAGUACCCCGACAUCUCCGUGGAGAGAUAUGGAAAUUUUUGGCUGAGCAACACCAAAUUCGUCAACAGUUACCAAUAAAACAAUCAAAAGGCAUUCCUUACAAAGAACUUUUGAAACAAUUAACUUCUCAGCAGCACGCAAUACUCAUUGAUUUGGGGCGCACUUUUCCUACCCAUCCCUACUUUUCUGUCCAGUUGGGAGCAGGACAGUUAUCACUUUACAACUUGCUUAAGGCCUACUCUUUACUAGAUCCAGAAGUAGGUUAUUGCCAAGGCUUAAGUUUUGUGGCUGGUGUCUUACUGCUACAUAUGAGUGAGGAUGAUGCCUUUGAAAAACUGAGGUUUUUGAUGUAUGAUAUGGGUCUGAGGAAGCAGUACAGACCAGACAUGAUCAUUUUGCAGAUACAAAUGUACCAGCUUUCACGCCUCCUUCAUGAUUUCCACAAAGAUCUGUAUAACCAUCUGGAAUGUCAUGAAAUUGGCCCCAGUCUGUAUGCUGCACCAUGGUUUCUUACAAUGUUUGCAUCACAGUUUCCACUUGGAUUUGUUGCACGUGUUUUUGAUAUGAUCUUUCUUCAGGGAGCAGAAGUCAUCUUUAAAGUAGCUCUGAGCCUUUUGGGAAGUCAUAAGCCCCUUAUACUGCAGCAUGAUAAUUUAGAAGCAAUUGUUGAUUUUAUUAAAACCACUCUCCCAAACUUGGGUUUAGUACAGAUGGAGAAGACUAUUAACCAGGUAUUUAAAAUGGAUAUCUCAAAACAACUGUUGGCCUAUGAAGUUGAAUACCAUGUACUACAAGAUGAAUUAAUGGAUUCCUCUUUGCCACUAAGUGACAAUGCGAAAAUGGAGAAGUUGGAGAGAACCAAUACCAACCUUAGACAGCAAAAUAUAGACCUUCUUGAAGAAUUACAGGCUGCUCAUGCAAAAAUCCAUAGUCUUGAAGCACAUGUGGAAAACCUCAUGGGCAGUGAAGGCAAAUUAAAGCAGACCAUCCAGACCCUGGAACUAGAGAGGGCUGCUCUGUUGAACACUAUUGAAGACCUGCGGGCACAGAUGGCAAGCACGGCCACAACUGACAGUCAAAUUUUGGGAAGGACUGAGACACAUGAAGAUGGCCAAAACUAACAUCCCAUUGACUCUCCUGUUCUAAAAUAACACUUCCUGUCUAUUAAGAGUCAUGAGCACAUCUAGUAACUGAGAAAAUGUGGUCAAAAGGUGGCCAAAAGUCAAACCCAUGUUGGAAGGUUCUUCAUACAGAUACUACAUACUGCUUUAGAUGUUUCUAUAUAGUAACACAAGACACAGAUUUGAAUGUACAGUAUACUCUCUUUGCUUUUAUAAGCACAAGUAACCAUUGCUGUUUAUUUUAUGUAUUAUUGCUACUUGUGCAGAACAAUUGACAAAUUGAAAUGCUGUCAUUACAAAGGAAAGUAAUAUUUUGAAUUUUGAUCACUAUUGUAGUUAUAUGUUUUUAUACAAUAUUUUAAUAUUGCAAUUAGUAAAUAUGUUUGAUUUUUAGUGUUCUUUAUAUUUAUCUGUACUAUAUUUAAUCAAACUCCAUGCACUGUAUUCAUAUUUUACAUUUCGUGUGACUGUUUCUUGAAGUUAGUUACUUUUAACAGAGAUGUGUGUCUUUGACAAAAUCCUAAUUCAUUUUAGUUUCAAUUAGGGCAAUGCACCAUUUUUCCCUGAUGUACAGUAUUAGUAAUAAAAUGUCAAAUCACUGAAAGUAAAAAUUAUGUAGAAUGUUGAGCAGACAGAACAAGAAUGGGAGGUUGCUGUCUUUUCAUUAUGCUGAUGUCUCCAUGCCUAUUUAUAAAAUUUAAUUUACUAGGUCAUAGUUUCAAAGGGCUUGCCUAAGUACUUUAUGAGAGCUCUUUUUUCAGAGAUAGCUUGGAGUUGUUAACCUGUAAUGGGAGAAAAGCUUGAACUCUUGUGAACUGUAAAGUAUGUAGCAGCCAUGUGAACCCAUCAGACUGCACAUUUGUGCUUUAAAUUUAAUUGAAAGCAACAUUAAUACAGUAUAUUUCUGUAUAGUUCUGCCAUUAUAAAAAAGGCACUUUGUUUUCAAGUUCAGUUGUGUGUAUGAUACUGUGUUUAUGUGGUCUUGUCUGCUUAGAAGAAUGUAUCCUAGAUCUCAGUGAUUAACGAGAUUUAAGGCAGGAAGGGACAUGACAUGAAUUUGGUGAAUGCUAAAUCAUCUGUUAUUUGUGUACAGAGGUCAAAUUAAGGAGACCUAAGAUGUAAAAGUAAAAUAUUUGGUUAACAAAAUCCUCAUACCAAAGAAUGCAUAACAAGUGUGUCAGGAUUUUCAAGUCCUAUUAGCUGUUAUGUUAAAUAAUGUGUUUUGCUGUGAACCCAAAUGUGGUGUAAGCCACAUGUCUGCUGAUUUGCAUAGAUAAGGUCAAAGAUCUGUUGGAUUUCUGGCAAAACAUUUAUCUCUUCAAAUCUAUAUUACAAUAUUAAUUUAUCCUGAUAUGAAAGUACAUUUAGAGGUGAUUUCCAAAGUCAGCUGGAAAAUCAAUUCAUAAUGAUAUUUGAAAUAAGAUGUUUGUUGCCCUGGGACAGCUGUUGAACAUGUCAAAACUGUCAUAAAGAAAGCCUGCUCAACUCAUUUCUUUUCGAAACAGCACUUUUAUCUUUGUACAGUAUUUUAAAUAUUAAUUGGUUUAUACAGAAGCUUUAUUAUUUCAAUAAGAUGCAAUGCAAAAAAAAGUCAUUAAUGUUAUUCUAGGGUUUCAACCAACAGAAAUCCUGCAGCAUUUUACUCCAUUGACUGCAUUUGACUUGAUGUGAUGAAUACUUGAAAUAAUUAAAUGUUCAGUUUUUAUCAGUAUUAUUUCUCACAAUGUUUUUCUGUUUCUUUUUGAUUGAUUAUUUUAUUAGUGUAUAUUUUUUAUAAGUCUAAUGUAAUGACAGAGUAUCAAUAAUAGCCUUCUAGGUUAGGCUUUUGAACUUUGUAAUCAUUUCUCCAUUUUGUGUUUUUUUUCUGAAGUUCUCCUCUUGCUUUUUGUAAGUUUUUUUUUAGAUUGAGGUACACAGAUGUAUCACAUUGCAGGAAUGAGAAAAGAAGUUGAUAAAUGCAUCUUGUAUGAGGUACAGUAGUCAUAAGGAUUGUGCAUAUAAAAGUUUAAUUAGCACAGUUAAAAACGUGGACUGAAAAGAGUACCCUGUUGCAGAAACUUAAUGCUCAUUUGGGAGACAUUACAUUCAUCAAUUUUAACAAUUUUAUUACUAUAUAUAAAUGUGCACGUAAGAUGAAUGCAACAUCAGUGUUUAAAAAUAUGCAGUAUAAAAGAAACCAUACUAAUAGAAAAAAUAAUGUGUUUAUUCCAGUACUCACACAGGUGAUUUGGCUUGUCCUUAGUCUUAUUGGGCUAACUGUAAAGAUGGCUCUUUUAGGUGGUAUACUUAACUACUUAAGCACAAGGUGACCUGCUGGCGGGACGCCACCAUAUUUCAAAGUUAUUUGUGUAUGUUGCAAUAAAAACCACAAUUCAUUCAAAA